AUGACAGUUGAGAUUGAAGGAGGGGCUUUUAAGCCAUAUGACCAGUUCAUCCUGUUUGGCGACUCCAUCACACAGAGGGGUUGCAACCAAGAACUAGGAUUCGCCUUUCAUGCUGCACUUCAAGAAUCCUACAGUCGGAGAUUGGAUGUGGUCAAUCGUGGCCUAGCUGGAUAUACGACCGCCCACGCCAUCAAAGUCUUUGAGAAUUGCAUCCCACCGCCACAUGUUGCUACCGUGCGCUUGAUGACCAUCUUCUUCGGCGCCAACGAUGCAUGCGUUUCAGGCCACAACCAGCAUGUGCCCGUAGCCCAAUACAAAGAGAACCUGAGUUCAAUCAUCCAGCACCCAGCGACAGUUGCACAGAACCCACGCAUCAUCCUUAUCACUCCUCCUCCCAUCAAUGAAUAUCAACUGGAAGAAUUUGAUGCCGCAAAGGACACCCCGCACCCCAGCCGAACAGCGAGCUCAGCUAGGCUAUAUGCCGUCACUGCACAUGAAGUCGGUUCUACCCUCAAUGUUCCAGUCGUGGACUUAUGGUCAGCAUUUAUGAAACUCACAGGCUGGAGAGAGGGACAGCCAUUGAUUGGCUCUCGUGCUGCUCCGAAUAAUGAGACAUUUGCUGGUCUUUUUACGGAUGGUCUGCAUCUGUCGCCCGCUGGCAACCGGAUAGUUUAUGAUGAGAUUAUAAAGGUCAUUGAAGCCAAUUGGCCGGAUCAGACCCCGCAUAUUCUUCCGAUGGUGUUCCCCUCAUGGGUUGAGGCACCAAAAUAG